UUCUUUCACUUUUAUCUCUCUUUCUCCAUUCCACGCAAACCCACGCGCUUGUCUCUGUAUUUUUUUUUUUUUGGAAGUUCGAUUUGUUCGUUGUGGGUCUAAAAUGGCGGGUCGGGGCAAAACUCUAGGAUCAGGAGCGUCGAAGAAGGCGACAUCGAGGAGUAGCAAGGCUGGGCUUCAGUUUCCGGUGGGUCGUAUCGCUCGGUUCCUCAAGGCUGGGAAAUAUGCUGAACGUGUUGGAGCUGGAGCUCCAGUUUAUCUCGCCGCUGUUCUUGAAUAUCUUGCCGCCGAGGUUCUUGAGCUCGCCGGCAAUGCAGCCAGAGACAACAAGAAAACCCGAAUUGUGCCACGACAUAUCCAGCUUGCCGUGAGGAACGAUGAGGAGCUUAGCAAGCUGCUCGGAGACGUGACAAUUGCCAAUGGAGGUGUAAUGCCCAACAUCCACAACCUCCUUCUCCCAAAGAAAGCCGGAACCUCCUCCAAGGCGUCUGGAGGUGAUGAGGAUUAGAUCACGUUAGUUUAGAUUCCCAGAUCCAAAGAAAAACCCAUCUCCACUCUCUAUCCUUUGAUCAGAUUCUGAGAUUGAACCGUCUUGGAUUUUAGCUUUGCUUGCCGUCUCAUUAGUUUAUUGAGCUUAGGGUUUGAAGAAGAAGGUCUUUUAAUGUCUUUUUAUGGAAUUGUAGUUUGUUGACAGUGCGUAGUUAUUAGGUAGUUUUAGGGUUUUUAGUUUAAUGUGAAUAUAAUUAAUCAUUAUCUUCUACUUGCUUGAUAGAAGAGUUGUGACUCAUUUUUGUUCUAUUUCUUGGUCAUUGAUGACAUGAAUGCAAUAUUUCAACUUCA